ACUGAUAGCAUGUGUCACUCUUGUGCUUUGUGUUCACUCAUGUGUUCCUCUCCUCUGUGUCAGUCAUUGCUGAGACGGAAAGGGCCCAGUGAUCAGCCGCGCAGAAUGGCUGCGGUUGGAACAGACAAGGAGCUCAGCGAUUUGCUGGAUUUUACUGCGAUGUUUGAGCUUCCUGUUUCAAAUGGCAAAAAUCGUCCAACCACUCUCGCCAGCCAGUUUGGAGGUGCAGAUGAGAGGAAUGGGUCCGGUCCCUGGGGACAAGGAGAGCAGAACAGUCCAUCCUUUAACCAGACAAGGAGUUACGGUGAAGGAAACCUUUACAGUGAGCAGGAUGGCAUCACUUCUGGUCCCCUCUUUGGCUCAGGAGCUGUUGGGAAGGCUGAUCGUGGAGCAUACACUUCAUUUGCAACACAGCCGGGAUUUAUGCCCAGUGAAAUGCCCCUGACCAGCCCUGAUGCUCUCUCACCGACCGGCCCCAAGUCAAACUCUCAGUUUUAUGCCUCUUAUGGGGGAGCCAAUAUUCGCCGACGACCUGCACAAGAACCCAUUGACACACAGCCAAAAAAGAUCAGGAAGGUCCCACCUGGCCUACCAUCUUCGGUGUAUGCAUCAGCAACUGGAGAGGAAUUUAGCAGAGAGAAUGCUGCUUACCCAAGCUCUAAAGCAGGAAAUGUCUACCCUCCAUCUUACUACAUGCAAGAAGGUCUCCAUCCUCCCUCAGACCCAUGGGGCUCUGGCGGGUCGAUGGUGCAGCCUGGUUAUCCUGCCGUACAUGGCAACACCCCCCAUCUGAGCCAUGGCCCCUUCUCAGCCAUCAACCCCCAGGACAGAAUGAAACGGCAGCCACUGCCCCUGUCUCCGCAAAACUACCCCCUGCAUGGCAGUGAAGUCAAUGGAGCUCAUCCGGCUGGCUUCCAAUCCGGCUCCAGCAGCUUUGGAGUCCCCUGCCACACUCCUCCCAUUGCCGGCACUGACACUCUAAUGGGUAAUCGUGGGGCAGUUCCUGGAAGCUCAGGCGAUGAAAUUGGAAAAGCUCUGGCUUCUAUUUACCCUUCAGACCCAAACAGCAGUGCCUUCCCUCCGUCCCCAUCCACCCCUUCUGGCUCGCCUGAGGCUGUAUCAGCUUCUGCUUCCCAGUGGACUCGGUCUUCAAGCCAAACCACUCCUUCCCCUAAUUUUGAAGAGUCAAUACAGCCCAUGCAAAAUAAAAUGGAUCGCCUGGAGGAAGCACUGAACGUUCUUCAGCGUCAUGCUAGUGGACAAGGAGGGCCAGGAUCUACUGAGAUGCACAACCUGAUUUCGUCUAGUCUCGGGUUAGCACAGGCCUUUGGUGGAACGCUAGGACUUGGCAGCCGUCUCUCAGGACUGGGAACCAGUCACCAUGAGGACUCUGUAAGUCUGCCCUCUAGUGGUGGACUGCUGAAUAGCCACCUUGGUCCUGCACCGAUUCAGUCUGGUCCUCAACCUGAAACUUUUAGCAAUCUGUCUGGUGGAUUAAACCGUUCAAGUAUUCCUGAAAUCAAGCGUGAGAGAAAGGAGGAUGACGAGAACUGCUCUGUCACAGAUAAGUCCGACGACGAGAAGAAGGACUUAAGGAACCGCAUUCGAACAAGCAGCUUCAACCCCCUUUCUCCUGGCAGCAGCGUGGUCUCAGUGAGCGAUGAGAACCUGACUGCUGAAGAGAAGGAGCAAAGGGAGCGAGAGCGCCGCCUAGCUAACAAUGCCAGAGAGAGGGUGCGUGUGCGAGACAUUAACGAGGCCUUCAGAGAGCUGGGCAGGAUGUGUCAGGUCCACCUCCAGAGCGACAAAGCCCAGACCAAGCUGGUCAUCCUGCAGCAGGCCGUCCAGGUCAUAAUGGGCCUGGAGAAGCAGGUGCGAGAGCGAAAUCUAAACCCUAAGGCGGCAUGUCUCAAAAGGAGAGAGGAGGAUAAAGUUUCUGGGGUGGACCAACAGAUUCAUCGAGGGACUCACCCAGGUUUGGGGGGAGAUGGACACCUGUAAUACUCAGUUAUGGUUGAUUGUACAGCGCUGAAAACAUGUGGCCUUAAAACAGUAUAUCAUUGUUGUCCAUCUUAAUAGAGUGUGUUAAUCAACUUCUACAAAACACACUUCCUUCCAUACUGAAAAGCAGUUGGCCACAUUCCUUUGGAUUUACAGAAAAAACAUGUUACUGAAAUAAAGAACUAGGGAUGACAGUUUUGAGAAAAGGACAAGGAUGACAUUCUGUUUUGUUUUUUUUGUACGUUACAUGUUGGAAGCAAAUGUUACUUGGAUCAAUUGCUUAUAUGAGAAAACUGAAAGAAAUGUUUUAUUGGAUCAUUUGAUUGGCAUUCCUGACUUAAAAAGUAUGGAUUAUUGUUCGAAAUGACUGAAUGAACCUAUAAGACUCACUAUGCGUGAAUUAUUUUGUACUGUGGAUCCUGAGUCUUACCUCGAAGCGUCCUGUACAUUUGUUAUUGUCACUGCCAUGCAAGUGGAAUAGAGAAAGGAAAGAGACCCACCACACAAACAAACCUGAGCAGAGACUCUGGAAAAAGUGAAUCUACAGUGAAUCAAACGUGUCAAUGGAUUUCCAAACUAUUCCUCUAUGAGGCGUUUAUUGGACUCCAGUGCAGAUGACAACACCUCUGCCCCAUCUUCACCAUCAUUUUGUCAGCAGUGCCCUGAGUAAAUCCACUUCGGUAUUUACAGCUCAAAUUUCAUACAAUCGUCAGAACAUUUGUAUUAUGUGACUGUUGCCUCUUUACCAGCUGAAGUGCAAGUUGAUGAAAGGGAUCAUGAGUUUUACUGAAUGGACAAUUUUCUGUAUUGCCAUUGACUGACCACGUGGAGGCGUUUUGCAUUCUUAUUUUUAAACAAUUGCCUGUAUGAGAAUUUUCCUUUUGUAUAAUGUUUUUUUUUUACUUUGUAAAAUAAUUGUGUAUAAUUGAAGUUUUCAUUUAAAAUGAUCUUUGUUUACAUACAUUGCCUUGAAAAUAUAUUCUGCCACAAUCCCUUUUUUCUAAUUCUAAAAUAUAAAACAUUUAAUAUUUUAUCACCCUCUUAAUUGACCAUAAAAUUACACUUGAUUGAAUUAUCUUUGACUGACAGUUUUGUGUUUGCUUGGGGCUGAAAAUGUUUUCAAUGCAUUGUAGGUUCAGUUGAGAUUACAGGAACAAAUGAGGUAUUGUGCCAGGUGCUCAGAUAUGAAUCUAAUGUUCAUGUUCCAUUGGUAUUUUAAUUGCCUCUUUUUAACUGGCCAGUUAAUUGGAUCCUAGUGAUACACAUGAUACCCAUCCUGUUUAAAAGGGAACAACAGUUACCACUGUGAAAUUUUCCCCUUCACAUUUUCAGCUCUUGUAUAAUUUUUGCUUUUUCAUGUAAUUGGCAACUCGGUUGCAAUAUCUGCAUAGUUUGUGGUAUACUGUUCUUGAGUCUAUACUUAAAACCACGUGAAGACAAACUAAACUCAAUCAUCAGGGUGGCCUUAGUUCUGGUGUUGCAGAUUUUUCAUACUGAUUACUCACUAGUGCCUGCAUAAACCUCUACUACAUGGUGGAAGAUGUAUCUGUAGAUUUAUUUGUUGUACUGUUAAAAAUUAUGGACUCCCGUGAUAUAUCUGACUGUGUCUUUGACCAUCUGAAUUAUUAAUUAACUAGUCUUUCGGUGUUCACCUUGGACACUUUAUCAAAAAAAAAAAAGCCCUAAAUUUGAUGUACUUAUUUUGUUGAAUAGUAUGACCUUGACUAACAUCUGUUUUGUUUUGAACUAUACAAGAUAUUUGAUCAGAAUUACGAUUAUAAGUUGGCACUGCUCUGACAGUAUUUGGUUUACCUUUGUCCACUUUUGCCCAUUUUUCUUUAAUUCUGCUAUUAUUUUACUCAUCAAACAGAAGAGGUAUGCAUACUUCUAAUGUAAACUGCAACAGCUUAUCAUAUCUUCAUAACAGAUAUCUGCUGCAGAUAAGUGUCUUCACUCAUGUUUGGGGACAAUUUCUACAGGUUGUCCUCAAAGUGCCUCCAGUUUCUUAUUUUUUAUAUAUAAAGUAGAAAUUGAGAGCUGUUGUGUAUAUAACAGUAAUGUAGCAAUAAAUGUGCCAUUAAAAAGUU